AUGGUGAACGGCCAGUACCGAGUGGUCAACAAGCUGGGACAGGGCGGCUAUGGCAGCGUCUACCACGUCCGUCAACUGGAUACCAACGCCAGCGUCGCCCUCAAGGUAGAGCGAGCGGGCAGAGACGUACUCAGGAAUGAGUUCAAGGUUCUCAAGUAUCUCGGGGAGCGAGGGGCUCGUGUACCAUCUGUGUACGAUUACUGGAAACUUGGGAACCACAGUGCCAUGACGAUGGAUCUUAAAGGUGACAACCUGAAGUCUCUGGCUCGGACUGCAAACGGCACUCUCUCUGUGGUGAUGAUGAGCUUUCUGCUGGUACAGAUGUUGGGGCUCCUCCGUCAGGUACACAGGAGUGGUUACAUUCAUAGAGACAUAAGGCCACAGAACAUCGUCUGUGAUAUGUAUAUGGGCCACCAAGACUGCCAGAAGAUCUUACUAAUAGAUUUUGGACUGGCACGCAAGUAUCGCGAUAAGAACGGUGUCCAUCGGCCUCCCCGUCUACUUAUCAAGCGGCAAUCACGGCGAGACGACCUGGAGUAUCUGACUUACACUGUAGCCAAACUCCUUAAGGGCACCUUACCUUGGUCACACCUCCGGACCAAGAACACAGCCAACCGAGAACGCAUCGCCUGGUUAAAGGCAAACACCACCCAGGCUCUCUUCCUUGGUUACCCUGAGGAGUUUUCUCAUUUCUUCAAGUAUGUUCGUGGUCUGAGCUACUAUGAGAAGCCUAAGUACAGCUACUGGCAGAAGGCGGCCAAGACGGAAGAGGGAGGCCAGUAUCCCUAUUCGGCUCCCACCUUUGGUCUUGAUAGUCUUGUCAAGGACUAA